AUGGAACUCUUGUCCGGCCGAGAGGCACUUUUCCGAGGAAAGUUCGAGACCGAGCCUGAGACUGCUGUUAUUUGGCCUCAGCUGAACGCCAAAUUUGCCUUUGUAUCACGAUAUGACCAGGAAUCCAUCAAAGAGCUCGUACACAAAUCGAUUGGGUCAUUCAGUGAUAUUGUCACGUCGGAGGCAAUGAUCGCAGCCCAGAUCCCAGACGUCGAUGCCAAAAUCAACCAGGCUGUGGAGAAGACCUUACGGCUUCUUUGGACAGCGGUGAACGCUGCGUCUUUUGGGGCAGGUUUUGGGCUCACAUCGUUUGUAGCCACUCCCUCUAUCUCAAAGUAUCUUUGCUACGAGAUUGCACACGGGUGUUUUGGCAUGACUUCGGUAAAGGUGGACGAAAUCAACUCGAUUCUAAGUCGCCUGGUGUGGGCGAACUUAUCAUCAUUCAUGACGCAGGCCCUGGGCCAAUUCAGCAUCAUAUGGGGCGGCAUAGCGUUCGUGACGGCAACCACCGUAGUGGGUAGCAUCCCACUCAUCGUUGGAGCGCCGCUUUUAGAGGCUCCUGCAGCGGCACGGAUGGUCAUCAAAUGUGCCUGCGACUUGAUACUCAUUCUCGAUCAAGCCUUCCGAGACGGAGGUAAGAACGUGAGCAAGGAGAGGAUUCGGCGAGCCACUACCAUGUACACGAGGAACAGUAUUUCGGUGGUGGAAGGUGGCGCGCAAGUUAUGAAGUCCCAAUGA